AUGUAUUGUAAAAGGAAGAAGAUAGAACAACAUGAUUUGGUUUACGAUAACAAAUCGAGGGACGCUAUACCCCAAAGGGGGUAUUACUCUGAACUCGUAUCAGAUUUGACUAAAGAUGACCCUUCUAAGGACAUUUGUGCAAAAAAACGAAUGAAACUAAUUCUGCAGGCUAAAACUGAGAGGUUAGCACCUAUGUUGGUUUCUUUGCCGACACCCCAAAAAGCAAAACUUCUUCUACCGCCUGGUCGCUGGACGACUUACAGAGAAGAUGAGAGUAUUAAAAUGCUUCGUGAGUUAGGCAUACAACCUUAUUGGUUGUUACCCAUUGAAGAGUUCAAGAUAAAUGAUAUGCAACACUAUGGCCUAUAUAGUCCUUUCCCUAAGUUAGAUUUGGAAAUAUUUGACAACACCGAUUUUGAUUGCCGGAUUCCUCGCGUACGCCUGAUGUUCAAAGCGGACGAUCCAGAGACGUUUGCGCAACGCGUCAAAUUCGCCGUUGAUCUAAGAAAAGAGGUUGAGAAUAAUCUCAGAUUCUACCUGUACCUUGAUUGCUUAUUACUCGAAGGACUGCCUGACUUGCCGCGGCAAUACAUGCCGAAAAUUAUAAAAAUGGUCCUUAUUCAUCGGCAAGCGAAGGAAGUGGACGAGGAACAUAUGAAUUAUCUUAAACACGAGGUGGAACUUCUUUACACGAAGAUGGAAGGGAAAAUGAAGAUAAUCGAUACUAUAUUGAAAUAUAAGGAUUUGUACAACUUCAUAGAUGUACCAACGCCAGACUACGUGCCACCAGUACCAUUAUUUGGAAGAUUGCCAUGUGUGAUGGAAGACUUUUCCGCCCGGCUCAAGCAUAACCAAUGGUAUUCUUUAUAUGUCCUUAUGGAGUCGGUGGCUUGCAUUCAAAUGGUCGUGGAUGAGUGUCUCAAGGGCGGCGCUCAGCCCAAUCAGGGCGUACCACCAUACGCUCCACCAUGUCUUCCAGAUUGUCCUUGCGGUGACGACACUCAACCGUUUCCUUCCGCUACGCUCGAAACACCCAUGUCCGAUAGAUGUGUUGAAUCGAUGUUAUUCUUCACAAAUAACUAUGGCAGAAACGCAAGCCUAGCAGAAUUUGACGCGGCACAACAACACUGCACCUCGAUGAUGCUGAAAUAUCUCAAUAUUUCUUGGCUGAAUCAAACUGCACAUGCUAUAAGGAUGUCGUUCCGAGAUGUCGGAAAAGGAUGGUUUAACAUAUACGAAAAGAAAUGGGAGUUCUAUGGAGUCAGUAAGCUAUCGAGAUUCAUGCAACUUGUUAGGUUUAGAAUGCAGUAUGCUCUCCGCUACUGUAUAGAACAGUCGAUGCAAAUGUUUGUGAACCUGUUGGAGACUCCAUGCCUGUGCACAUAUAUAUGUGAAGAUGACUACGAAUGGGAUUCCAGAGACCUCAUCAAUUCUCCCUUCCGAACUUCCACAGCUACUCUCUUUUACUUCCACCUUAUGAUGUCUGAUAAUGGACCGUAUUACACCACGGAUCCAGCUCAAUUUGAGAUUGUGAUACAAAGACUGUUCCGUGAGAUGCUAUACCGUUGCCAUUUCAUUCCUCAAGUGCAUCCUAUGAUCAUGACCGGAUUGGUCUUCGAUAAGGAGCUGUACCUUACGUCUGUUGGUUUGAUGGAGCCAAACGUGGUAGAUUACAGAGACAGAUUGCUGAAGGCAUACAGGAAAUCCAUUAUACCUCUGAAAGCUUAUAUGAGACAGUAUGAGUGUUAUCGAGAUAUAUACAUGUUAAACAUUGAGGAGUAUGUGGAGAACUUUCGUAACGAAAAACAUUCCGCUUCUGAGACAAAAGAUGAGGUUCAAAUACAUUACGAUGCAAAACAAGACCUCAUAUGGAGACUACCUCAGUACAUUGGUAUCGGACCAUUUGCCAUCAACGUCGACACUUUGAAGCAAAUGUUGGUAAACAAAAGGUCGGAUAUCAUAAAAGCGUUGCUGGUGAUGUGGGCUGAGGAGGUGCGAUUAGUGGUUGAUGACGUCAUCACUGCGUACAAGAGCGUUAUGCGCAAGUUGGGAGAGAAGCCGAACACCAUUGAACACGUGUUUGAGAUAAGAGAAUGGAUGGAAUCUAUACCGUUUACUUUAAAGACUCAGGACGACAUUAUGAGGAAGGUUAACUCGGAUUACGAAGUGCUAGAACAAUUCUUCAUGCCUUUAGAAAACGAAGACUUCAGUGCUCUGUGGGAAGCUGUCGGAUGGCCACAACAAAUAAAUAAACAGGUGGAAGAAACCGUUCUUUUUCUUGAAGAUGAACAGGAAAAGUUCUGGAAGCUCCACCAACAGGACGAACAGGUUCUGUAUGAUAAGAUCGAUAUGUUCACUGCGCAAUGUAUGACACUGACUCUACAGAAUGACUUCUCUAAGGUGCAUGAGAUAGCAAAUGAUAUAAAGAAGGCUUGGAAAGCGAUGAAGGAUGCGCAGGAUUGGGGUCGGAUUCUCAACCAGCGGCAGAAACUUUUCGGUCAACCGGUGGUACCAUUUGCUGAUCUUAACAAACUUGUGAGGGAGUUUGAACCUUACAGGAACCUUUGGGUUACAGCUUCAGAUUUCUUGAAAGCUCGGGAGGUAUGGCUAGAUAAUCCGCUAAUGUAUGUGGAUGCGGACACCAUAGAGCCAUUAGUCAACGAAUUCUACAAGACAAUCGUCAAGUGCGUAAGAGUUUUCCAGGAUAUGCCCAAAGUGCAAAAAGUUGCCGUCACUAUAAGGGAAAACAUAGAUUCUUUUAGACCACUGAUACCCAUCAUACAAGCUGUCAGGAACCCGGGAAUGAAGGAAAGACAUUGGAACGAGUUCAUGGAGAAAGCCGGUAUAACAGUGACAAUGAACGAUAAACAAACAUUCCAAAUGUGCAUAAAGCAAGGGGUGGCCGAUCAUGGGGAGUUGAUUGCAGAGAUCGGGGAACUCGCUAGCAAAGAGUACGUGAUUGAACAGUCCUUGGAUAAGAUGCAAGCAGAUUGGGCCAACAAGACGUUGGAGGUCACUCCUUAUAAGAACACCGGUACCUUUAUCAUGAAGAUUGCAGAUGAAACUAUGCAAUUGCUUGAUGAACAUCUUCUGAACACUCAGCAGUUGGGUUUCAGUCCUUUCAAAGCUGCAUUUGAACUCCGUAUUCAGGAAUGGGACGAUAAACUACGAUUAACUCAGAGAGUUGUAGAUGAGUGGAUUGAAUGCCAGGGAGAAUGGAUGUAUUUAGAGCCUAUUUUCACUUCGGAAGAUAUAGCUAGGCAACUGCCUAUGGAAUCUAAGAAGUACGGUACCAUGGAGAGGAUCUGGAGACGCAUCAUGUCGUCUGCUGCUGCCUGUCCCAAGAUUAUGAUUAUAUGUCCGGAUAGUCGGCUAUUGGAUAGCUUAACGGAAGCCAUUCACCUAUUGGAGGUAGUCUCUCGAGGACUCAACGACUACAUGGAGCUGAAGCGGUUGAGGUUCCCAAGGUUCUUCUUCCUAAGUGAUGAUGAAUUGCUAGAGAUCCUAUCACAGUCACGAAAUCCCAGGGCUGUGCAACCUCACUUGAGGAAAUGUUUCGAAAAUAUUGCCAAGGUUACCUUCCAGCCUGACCUCAUGAUCACUCACAUGCACUCCAGUGAGGGAGAGAUCGUUGAACUCAAGUACAAGUUCCGUCCAUCUUCCAACGUCGAACAAUGGCUGCUUUUGCUUGAAGACACCAUGAGAAAUUCUAUCCGUCUGACAUUGGUUGAUGCCAUGGAAGAGUUGUGGGUGAUUCCUCGUGCUGAGUGGGUGCUGCGCUGGCCUGGUCAAGUGGUGAUCGCUGGAUCGCAGACAGCUUGGACAGCUGGCGUCGAGAAGGCUAUAGAAGAAUUCCGAAUGGAAUUAUACUAUGAGGAAAAUUUAAAACAGCUGGAUACUCUUCGUGCCUUAGUGAAGGGAGAGCUGACGUUCUUCCAACGCGAGGUUCUGUGCGCCUUGAUUGUGGUAGAAGUACACGCGCGUGACGUCACAAAGAACUUAGUCGAAGAAAAUGUCCGUUACAAUACAGACUUCCAGUGGAUCUGCCAGCUUCGAUACUAUCAGGUAGUGAAGCCAAUGUAUCCAUUGGAGCCUGGCGAGGAGCCGGAGAUCUACCAGGAUGAACUGCGGUUAGACACAAGCAGGUUCUACCGUCAGUUCAGUCAGAACAGCUGCAACGUGAAAGCUCUCAAUUCCGUAUUGAAUUACCAUAAUGAAUACCUCGGUAACAGCGGGCGGCUGGUGAUCACUCCGCUGACGGACCGUUGCUACUUGACGCUAAUGUGUGCGAUGCACCUCAAGUUCGGGGGUGCGCCCGCUGGACCAGCUGGCACCGGCAAGACUGAGACCACCAAGGAUCUAGCGAAAGCUUUAGCAGUCCAAUGCGUGGUGUUUAAUUGUUCAGAUCAGCUCGACUUCAUGGCUAUGGGGAAGUUCUUCAAAGGAUUGGCUGCGUCUGGUGCGUGGGCAUGUUUCGACGAGUUCAACCGUAUUGAUAUUGAAGUACUUUCGGUCGUCGCCCAACAGGUCGCUACUAUACAGAAGGCUCAGCUAGCCCACUUGGAAAGGUUCAUGUUUGAAGGCGUGGAUCUCCCUCUGAAACCCUCAUGUUCUGUCUUCAUCACUAUGAAUCCUGGAUACGCUGGUCGUACAGAGUUACCGGAUAACCUCAAAGCAUUGUUCCGACCUAUCGCAAUGAUGGUGCCGGAUUACGCCCUGAUCGCUGAGAUCUCUCUCUUCUCCUUCGGUUUCUCUGAAGCCAAGAUCUUAGCUGGAAAGAUCACCACCACAUUCAGACUUAGUUCUGAACAACUUUCUGCUCAGGAUCACUACGAUUUCGGCAUGCGAGCCGUGAAGACGGUGAUCACAGUCGCCGGAAACCUGAUACGUCAGAUGCCGGACGGCGAUGAACGUCAAAUAGUCCUGCGAGCAUUAAAAGAUGUGAACGUACCGAAGUUCUUAGCUAACGAUCUGUUGCUAUUUAACGGUAUAAUAUCAGAUCUGUUCCCACGCGUGGAAGUCCCCGUAGUGGACUACGGUAUCAUGGAGACGUCAAUAAGAAACAUGCUCACCAAAAAGGGAUAUGACGACCUUUAUUCGUUUAUAUUUAAAGUAAUACAGUUGUAUGAAACGACGGUGGUAAGGCACGGGCUCAUGUUGGUUGGGCCGGCUGGAGCAGGGAAAACCAAGUGUUAUGAGACUCUUCGUGACGCGCUGACUGCGAUCAAGGGGAAGCUAGCUCCCGAUGGGUUUCCUUUCACUCCUGUGCAUACGUUUGUUGUCAACCCCAAAUCAAUAACCAUGGGACAGCUGUAUGGAGAAUUCGACUUGCAAACUCAUGAAUGGACGGAUGGGAUUCUCUCAAGUUUAGUCCGAGCAGGUAUCGCGGUCGAAGACAUGGACAAGCGCUGGUACGUCUUCGAUGGUCCAGUGGACGCGGUUUGGAUCGAGAACAUGAAUACUGUUUUAGACGACAAUAAGAAGCUGUGUUUAUCUAGCGGCGAAAUAAUGAAGCUGACUGACCGGCAGCGCAUGAUCUUCGAGGUGGCUGACCUGACGGUAGCCUCGCCCGCUACUGUCUCCCGAUGUGGCAUGGUAUACCUGGACACGCAAGUAGUCGGCCUGCCGCCUCUUAUUAACGCCUGGAUCAAGAGCAACCUUCCUCCGAUAGCAGAUCCGAUCCGCAAGAUGAUAGUGCCUUUGGUCACCACGUAUCUGUACCCUGCCUUGGAGCUCCUGCGCGCUGAGCUGACAGAGAUAGUGGCCUCAAUAGACUCGGCCUUGGUCCUCAAGUUCCUCGAGCUGCUGGACUACAGACUCAGGCCUUUGACUGGAAAAGACGACAGGCCACCACCAGCCGCUAACUUCCUCUCUUUGAUGCCUCGUUUGGCUCCUUUGUGGGUAAUCUGGUCCAUCAUUUGGUCUGUGGGAGCGACCUGUGACCUAAGGAGCCGCGGUAUAUUCUCCGAGUUCAUUAGAAAAAUCACAACCGAAGCUGGGCUCAAACCUUUGUUCCCGGCAGAAGGAAGAGUCUUUGAUUACACGCUCCAUGAUGGCGGUUUCACAGACCCGACGGAAGACGGGGAACCAGCCAACCCCUAUUGGUACAGCUGGAUGGUGAAUGUGGGAGAUUACGUUGUCGAUCCCGACUGGCAAUAUGCAGACAUCGAGGUCCCAACGCUGGACAACGUGCGAAGCGCAGCGAUACUGGGCUACAAGGUGACAAACUACAACCACGUGAUAUGCGUGGGGCCCACCGGUACCGGGAAGACGAUCACCAUUACUGCGAAACUGACACACGGCUUACACAAGAAAUUCAUUUGCGAAUUCCUUGUAUUCUCAGCCAGGACUUCCGCUAAUCAGACACAGGACGUGAUAGAUGGAAAGUUGGAGCGUCGUCGGCGUGGUGUUUACGGCCCUCCUCCUACCAAGCGCCAGGUGUUCUUCAUAGAUGACCUGAACAUGCCAGCGCUUGAAGUGUACGGGGCUCAACCCCCCAUCGAACUGUUAAGACAGUUCAUGGACUUUGGAGGUUGGUACGACAGAGAGAAUAUUGGCGAUUUCAUGACGCUGGUGGAUGUUGGCAUCGUUGCUGCGAUGGGUCCGCCCGGCGGUGGUCGCAACCCGGUCACCAUGCGACUCAUGCGCCAUUUCCACUACAUUUCCUUCACGGAGAUGGAAUACUCCAGCAAGUACGGAAUUUUUUACACCAUACUCAAAUCAUGGACUCGGAAUUUCGAUCCGUCGAAAGCGAUCAAUCUAAACGAAGGACCAUUCCUCAAGGCUUCACUAGAUAUUUUCAGUGCUUUAGUAGAAGAAUUACUACCGACCCCUACGAAGUCGCACUACACGUUCAACUUGAGAGACCUUAGCAAGGUAUUCCAAGGGAUUCUGAUGAUGGACCCAAAAACUGUGACCGAAGUGGACGAUGUGAUCAGGCUGUGGUACCACGAGCACCAGCGCGUAUACCAGGACCGACUAGUAAACGACACUGACCGCCAAUGGUUCACCGACUUGAUGAAUAAGAAGUUACGGUCAGAGUUUAAAAAGGAACCAAGCGAGUUGUUGGCUGGCAGGUUGAUGUUGUUUGGGGACUUCAUGGACCUCGGCGCUGACGAUAGAAAGUACGUCGAGAUCGUGGAUGAAGAAGAGUUGGACGAGGUCUUGACGCAUUACCUUGAUGAGUACAAUUUGUCGAGCACGGCUCCUCUUGAUUUGGUGCUGUUCGAUGACGCCGUCGCCCAUCUCUGUAGGAUAGCGCGCAUCAUGAGGCAACCCAUGGCUAAUGCAUUGCUUUUAGGCAUGGGUGGAUCAGGACGCCAAUCACUGUCGCGGUUGGCCGCCAAUAUGGCUGAGUUGAUUUGCAUUCAGAUUGAGAUCACGAAGGCCUAUGGGUUCGCGGAGUGGCGCGAGGACCUAAGGACGACCAUGUUGAAGGCAGGCGUUGAAAAUAGAGGCAUUGUCUUCUUAUUCGCUGAUGCGCAGAUAAAAAUGGAAUCGUUCCUUGAGGACCUAAAUAACAUUCUGAGUUCUGGUGACGUGCCAAAUAUAUACGAGGUGGAAGAUUUGGACAAGAUAUACCAGUCGAUGCGCCAUGCAGUAAUGGAGUUGAAUCUGGUGGCUACGAAGACCAAUUUGUUUGGUUGCUACCAGAAAAGAGUUAGGAGCAACUUGCAUAUUGUAAUCGUCAUGAGCCCUAUCGGCGAGAUAUUCAGAUCACGGCUCCGUCAGUUCCCGUCUCUGGUGAAUUGUUGCACCAUUGACUGGUUCAGCGAAUGGCCGAAGUCUGCCCUCGAGUCGGUUGCGUACCACUUCUUCGAGAGUAUGGGAGAACUCACGGAGACAUCUGAUGAAGUCCUUAAAUCUAUGGUGUCAGUCUGUUGUUUCGCGCACCAAUCUGUAGUGGAAGCGAGCGAGAGAUUCAAGGAACAACUGAACCGUAUUAACUACGUGACUCCGAUGUCUUACAUGGAGAUGUUAGGCGCCUACUCUGAAAUGUUCCGCAAGAAACAGAAGGCCAUACUCAAAGAGUCCAGUGCGCUGAAAACUGGAUUGAACAAGUUGAAUCAGACAGAAAUAGAAGUAAAGGAGCUUCAGAUUGAGUUGGCUGAACUGAAACCCUUGAUGGAGAAGGCGGCUGAGGAGACACGGCACGUCAUCGAACAGAUUGCCACAGAUACUGCAAUCGCAGAAGAAGCUCGCGAGAGAGUUGAAAAGGAGACUGUAAUGGCGGAAAAGCUGGCUGCUACUAACGCGGCCAUGGCAGAAGAUGCACAGAGGGACUUGGAGGAAGCGAUGCCAGCGCUGCGUGCAGCUGAAAAAGCGCUUCAAGAGUUGAAUCGUAAUGACAUCGUAGAAGUGAAGGCUAUGAAGAAACCACCAGCUGGGGUCGUUCUGGUCAUUGAGUCUCUCUGUGUAGUCUUUGACAUCAAACCAAUAAAGGAGCCAGGGGCAUCGUUUGGUGAAAAAGUCCUGAAUUACUGGAAGCCUGGUUCGCUCAUGUUAUCAGAUCCGACAGCCUUCCUAGACUCGCUACUGAAGUUCGACAAAGAUUCCAUUACAGAAGAUAUGAUUAAAAAACUCAAAAGAUUCGUCGCCAACCCGAAUUAUGAUCCGGCGAAGAUUUUGAAGGUGUCCAAAGCCUGCCAAUCGCUCUGCAUGUGGGUGCAUGCCAUGUACAAGUUCUACCACGUCAACAAGGGUGUUGCACCCAAGAAGGAAGCCCUAGCGAGGGCUACAAAAGAUUUGCAAAUAGUUGAAGCCAUGUUGGCCGCUGCAAAGGCGAAAAUGCAGGCGUUAUUGGAAGGUAUAGCUAAGCUGAAUGCGUACCUUAUUGAGAAAGAGGAAGAGAAGAAACGGAUGGAGGAAGACAUCAACCAGUGCUUGGCGAGGAUGGACCGCGCUAACAGGUUAUUAAACGGUCUGUCAAGUGAGCGCGUCAGAUGGAUCAACACUAUUAAGGAAUUGGAUGUCGCUAAAGUUAACUUGUUAGGGGAUAUACUGCUCAGUGCAUGUGCAGUUGGAUAUAUAACGCCGUUUACGGACGAGUUUAGAAGAAAAAUCAUGGGCGAAUGGAUCAAGCAAAUUGAAGUCAGCCAACGAGCAGACGGAUUACCUGAUGGUAAGCAAUCAGCGCCGCCCAUGGACACUCGCAACGGAGGAGUUACGAUUAACGUACCUCACACGCCCGGCGCCACGCCUCUUAAGACACUUGGAGAUGCUGUGCAGAUCAGGACUUGGCAGAUGUAUGGCCUGCCGCGGGACCCGAUGUCCGUGGAAUCGGCGGGCAAACUGGAAGGGCUAGUUGUAUGCAAGCCAAAUGACAGAGAUUUACUCAGGAAUUUCGAGUCUGCACUGAGAUUCGGUAAGCCAAUACUAUUGGAGAACGUUGGGGAAGAUAUAGACCCUGCCUUGGAUCCUGUAUUAAAACGUCAAUAUUUCCGCCAAGCCGGUCAAUUGGUGCUUAAAUUUGGGGACUCCCUAAUUCCGUACAUGGCUGACUUCCGACUAUAUAUCACUACUAAACUACCGAACCCCAAGUAUAAGCCUGAGACCUCCGUUAAGGUUAUGGUCGUGAACUUCGCUUUAGUACGCAGUGGUCUAGCAGAACAGCUUUUAUCAAUAGUGGUGGCUCAAGAGCGACCUGAUCUGGAAGAACAGCGCGGUCAGCUGAUCGUGACUAGAGCACAAAUGGCUUGCCAACUAGCCGAGAUGCAGGCAGACAUUUUGUAUGGACUCUCCAACAGCGAGGGCUCGCCGGUCGACGAUCUACCGCUCAUCAUGACUCUGGAAGCCAUCAAGAUCAAGAGUGCUGAGAUUAUUGUUAAAGUAGAAGACAUAGAACGAACGACGCUAGAGAUAGACGAAGCUCGCAGCGGCUAUGUGCCAGUGGCCGACCGCGGGUCUAUACUUUUCUUCUGUCUAUCCGACAUGGCUAAUGUCGAUCCCAUGUAUCAAUACUCCUUGGAAUGGUUUGUCAAGCUCUUCGUCAAAGCUAUGGCGGAAACUGAACCUAAUGAGGACAUUGUGGAGCGUGUGGACGUUAUAAUAGUCCAUUUUACAUUUUUAUUGUAUCAGAAUGUGUGUCGCAGUUUAUUUGAGCGACAUAAAUUGUUGUUCGCUUUCUUACUUUGCGCGCGCAUUUUACUUGACAAGGGCGUCAUUCGAUAUGAGGAGUUCAAUUUCUUAUUGAACGGAGCUAAAUUGGAAACGGAGGAACCGAACCCGGAUCCGAAGUGGAUAUCCCCGAGGGUAUGGUUGGAGCUACAGCAGUUGAACACUGUUACCACGAUGAAAACAAUUAUGUCGGACUUCUUGAAUAAUCUCAAGUUCUUUAGAAGUCUAUACGACUCCCUAAUUCCACAUAAGUUGCCGUACCCAAAACCGUUGGACAGUCAGUACGAUCACUUCCAGAAAAUUAUGAUCCUCAAGUGUUUCCGGCCUGAUAAAAUCAUACCAGGCUUUCAGGACUACGUGGUGAUGGGCCUGGGAGCCAGGUUCGUGGAGCCCCAACCAGCUGACCUGGCUGCUCUCUACGCAGAGUCAGAUCCCCUCGCUCCUAUCAUCUUUGUGUUAUCUACUGGGACUGACCCUGCAGCUGAUUUAUUGAAGUUUGCUGACAAGAUGAAGAUGGGCAAGCGUUUUGAAAGCAUUUCCCUCGGCCAGGGUCAGGGGCCGCUGGCUGAAAACAUGAUGAGGGUCGGCUGCGACUUUGGGAACUGGGUGUUCUUCCAGAACUGCCACUUAUCUCCAUCAUGGAUGCCAGUGUUGGAGCUGAACGUGGAACACAUACAACCUGAAUUAGUGCACAAAGACUUCCGUCUGUGGCUGACGUCUACACCCUCACCCCACUUCCCAGUGGCCCUACUCCAGAAUGGCUACAAAAUGACAGUGGAGCCACCUAGAGGCAUAAAGGCGAACUUGCUAAAGGCCUACAUGAAUCAAGUACCUGAUUUCCUCGACUACUUUAAUUCACAGGAUCCUAAAGUUCCUAAUUUUAAGUGGCUUCUCUUCGCCCUUUGUUUGUUCCACGGCGUGGUCAUAGAGCGUCGUAAGUUUGGACCCCUCGGCUUCAACAUACCUUACGACUUCACCGACGGGGAUCUCAGGAUAUGCAUCUCACAGCUGCACAUGUUCCUUAAUGAAUACUCCGAAGUACCCCUCAGGAUGUUGACAUAUACAGCGGGUCAUAUCAACUAUGGUGGUCGGGUUACCGAUGAUUGGGACCGGCGAUGCCUAUUAUGUCUGUUGGGAGACUACUACAACUUGUCCGUACUUACUGAGCGCUAUGUUUAUGACGAGAGUGGGGCCUACCGACAGCAACCUGCAUCAUCGAAUAUGGAUGAUUACACGAAGUAUAUCCGUACGUUACCACUGAACGAUGAUCCAGCUCUGUUCGGAUUACACGGUAACGCUAACAUCAGUUAUGCUAACGCUGAAACCAACACCUGUCUUAUAUAUAUUAAUAAAAUAAAGUAUAACCCUACUCUUCAAAAAGAAAAUCACUGCUCGUUGGCAGGCAAGUUUGAGUAUCGUAGUCGAACAAGGUUUAUCAGACCGUCCAUGAACAUCCGCAACACCAAAGGAGAUACGAGUGCGUUGCCGGCCUUUUGGGGAUAA